AGCAGGAGGGGAGGGGCUGCGCGGCGCAUGCGCAUUGGGCGGCGGCGGGUCCCUGUAAAGAUGUCUGAGCAGGCGGGGAGGGGCGGAGCGGAGGACCCGAGACCAGCGCACAUAAACCCGCACAGCUCCACAGUUCAUCCGCUUAAGCUGCAGAUCGCUGUGUAUGGAGUACUAAAACUACGUGGACUUUGCUGCCAUCUUGUGGUCAGAGUGAAAACAGUCUGCCGUACAGCUCCCCCAACAUCCACAGGUUGCAUCACAUCCUGUUUCUCUGUGCCGGGCUGGCCCAUGUUGUUCUGAUGAGCAGCUGACAUGUCCAAUGACAGCCAGGGAUCAAUAAAGGGGGAGGCGACCAUGACAAUGUCUCCCUCUGGCUCCUCCCAGGGGCCACCCCUUUCUCCGUCCACCGCCUCCAAACCCGACCUAACAGAUGAGCUCGUCCAGGCUGGAUGGUCCAAGUGCUGGUCUCGGAGGGAGAACCGGCCAUAUUACUUCAACAGAUUCACCAAUGUGAGCCUGUGGGAGGUCCCAGUGCUGGGUCAACAUGACGUCAUUUCUGACCCUUUAGGUCUGAAUGCUGCACCAGCAGAGACGGCAGACGGUAACCUUGGUAACGGACAGAGGAAGAGGAGGAGCUCAGAAGAGCAGGGGGCGGGAUCUAACAGUUUCAAACGAACCAAGGUUGAGCCUACAACACCCAUCUCUCCCAGCACCCCUGGAGCCAAACCCUGGAGCUCUACGUCUGAGGACAAACAGAGCCAGUCCACCACACCCACAGCUCCUGCUCCUUACAGACCAACUAUGAUCUACUGGGAUCUAGAUAUCCAAACAAAUGCUGUCAUCAGAGAGCGUCCCCCCGCCAACCACCUGCCCCCCCAUCCAGAGAUUGAGCUGCAGCGAGCUCAGCUGGUCACCAAGCUACGGCAACAUUACCAUGAGCUGUGCCACCAGAGAGAAGGUAUUGAUCCCCCCAGAGAGUCUUUCAACCGUUGGCUUCUGGAGAGGAAGGUGAUUGACAAAGGUCAUGACCCCUUGUUGCCCAGUGACUGUGACCCUGUCAUCUCGCCAUCCAUGUUCAGAGAGGUGAUGAACGACAUCCCCAUCAGGUUGUCUCGCAUUAAGUACAAGGAGGAAGCCAGGAAGUUGCUGUUUAAAUAUGCUGAAGCUGCCAAGAAGAUGAUUGACUCCAGGAAUGCAAGUCCAGAAAGCAGGAAGGUGGUAAAGUGGAAUGCUGAGGACACUAUGAACUGGUUGCGUCGAGAUCACUCUGCCAGCAAGGAGGAUUACAUGGACCGUCUAGAACAUCUGAGGCAGCAGUGCGGACCCCAUGUGACCGCUGUCGCCAAAGACUCUGUGGAAGGAAUCUGUUCAAAGAUCUACCAGCUGUCUGUAGAGUAUAGUCGCCGCCUAAGACAGACACACCUGAGCCAGCUGCAGGACCCACCCACAGAAGGGUGUGAAUCCCCGCAGCAGUCUCGACUGGUCUACUGUUACCCGGUGCGCCUGUCAGUCCCGUCACCUGCCCUCCCUCGUGUGGAACUACACUUUGAGAACGAUGUCGCCUGUUUGCGCUUCAGAGGAGAGAUGGUCAAGGUCAACAGGGGUCACUUCAGCAAGCUGGAACUGUUGUACAGGUACAGCUGCAUAGACGAUCCUCGCUUUGAGAAGUUCCUGUCCAGAGUCUGGUGCCUCCUGAAGAGAUACCAGGUCAUGUUUGGCACUGCUGCUAAUGAGGGGACAGGCCUGCAGGGGGCGCUGCCUGUGUCUGUGUUUGAGGCCUUGAACCGGCAGUUUGGUGUUUCCUUUGAGUGUUUUGCUUCUCCCCUGAACUGCUACUUCAAACAGUUCUGUUCUGCCUUCCCUGAUGUUGAUGGUUUCUUUGGAUCCAGAGGGCCGUUCCUGUCUUUCUGUCCGGUCAGUGGCUCGUUUGAAGCCAACCCUCCGUUCUGUGAGGAGCUGAUGGAUGCCAUGGUGACACACUUUGAGGACCUUCUGCAACAGUCCACAGAGCCUCUGUCCUUCAUCGUCUUCAUCCCGGAGUGGCGUGACCCCGUGACCCCUGCUCUGACCCGCAUGGAAGGAAGUCGCUUUCUUCGUCACCAGCUCAGUGUCCCAGCUUAUGAACAUGAGUAUCGCUCUGGGAGUCAGCACAUCUGUAAGAGGGAAGAGAUGUACUACAAAGCGGUCCAUGGUACUGCAGUCCUCUUCCUUCAGAAUGAUGCUGGUUUCACCAAGUGGUCCCCAACUCCAGAGCGCCUGGCCGAGCUGACGGCGGCAUAUCGGCCCACCUCCGCUCGUCCCUCGUCCGUGUCCUCAGCCGGCCCUGCUCAUGCUGCUGCGGGAGACUCCACCUCCAAAGUAGCUGAGAGGACACAGAGUGGUGUGGCAUCACCUGGUGGCCAUGACAACAAGAAGAAUGGCAGCAGCACCAGCAGCAGUCCCGUGGACAAGAUGAGCUCUGCGUAGAGCGGACAGACGUCUGUGUAAAAAUAAUCUGUAAAGACUUUGUCCCUGCAGCUCUUCACAGCAGAUAGAAUGCUUCAUGUCUCACCUUUGUCCCUCAGCAGCACCUGUAGCACUGCCUCCAGUUAAAUCAGCCGUUCUUAUUGGUCACUUCCUGGCUGGGAGCAUUGCUAACAUCUGAUUGGUCUGCAGACUGAGGAGGCAUGGUGACAAGGCAGCUAUAGUUUCUAUUGGACUUUUUUUUGUUUUUUUAUGGGUUUUUUUCUUCUUCUUUUCAUUUAGACUGCCUGUUUCAGGCUCCGCCUCCUUAAAAAGAUUUAACCUGAACUUGCUCCUCCCCACAUGUGAUGAUUGACAGCCUGAGAACUCAUGAUGUUGGGACAUUGUUGUGGUCAUGGAGGUGCGUGGAGCAGGAAAUAUUCCUCAUCGUAAUUUGGCUGAGUCAUGUUUGUCUUCAUGAACUUUGACCUCAUUUUAACAAGUCACCUGACAAAUGCUGAGAAAGUUUUAUAUGUUGGGUGUUUAUAACGGCAAGCACUAUUCCACCUUCCUCCAUGUUGCGUCACGCGGCUGGUCUGAGGCUGGUUGGCUGCUGACUGGCUGCUGUCAGUGUGUAGAUGAUGUACAGUGUCACAGAUUUAAAAGUUUCUCUUUAAUUUAAGGCUCUUUUGUUACUGACAGUUUUGAACUAAACCAAAGUGUGAUGAAGAAAAUUCUGCGUCCGUAAAGCUGACAAUAAAAACCCUCCAUCUUAUUUUUAUCA